GGCGCGCCCUGUCCAUGGUGCGGGCGGCGGCGGCGGCGGUUGGGGUGUCGCCACGGCGGGAGAUCGGCGGCGCGGGGCCGCAUGGACGUGAUGUCCCCGCAACAGGAGCACCUCGGGCCCGGCCGCUCAUCCUCGGUGAGCGGCGAGAGUAGAGUGUUCGCCGCCGCCGACGGCAAGAAGCAAAAAAUGAAGAGUUUGGCCCAAAGACGCCAGUCUGCACCAUCCUUGAUCUUCGUCAAAGCACUUAACAGAUCUAGAUCUGUCUCAAGGGAAGGCUGCUUCUCCCCCAUCAGCCCGGAGGCAUGUCCCCUUGUGCAGUCCUUUAUGUGCCACAACAGGACGUUCCUCCUUGAUGGCCACGUGCAGCUGAAGACAGGCCUACAGACCCAGGAGCGACACCUCUUCCUCUUCACAGACCUUCUGGUUGUUGCCAAGUCCAACCUCAAGGUAUCCAAUUGCCACUUACAGAAAGCCAAAGGAUCUGAGUUUGCCCUGCAGAGGUCUCACUCUCAUUUCAAACUGAAGUGCCAAGCACGUCUCUGUGAGAUGUGGACAGCAUUUUGCACAGAAGAAGUCUGUGAAGGCAGCACCGACCCAGAUAGGUCCUUUGUUUUGGGCUGGCCCACCACAAACUGUGUGGCAAAUUUCAGGUCUGCAGAACAGAAGGAAACGUGGCUCUCCUUUUUGCAAAGUCGAAUAAGGGAAGAGAAAGAAAAAGACUAUCCUAAAAGUAUUCCUCUGAAGAUAAUUGCAAAGGAUGUUGGAACCUGUGCAUAUUCAAAAACCCUAAAUGUAACCAAUGUUGAUACAGCCAAUGAUGUCAUUCUCAUGGCCCUGCAGCAGCUGGGAAUUUCUGGAUCUGAAAAAGACUACAAGCUGUGGGUGAUUUCAGGAAGAGAAGAUGCUCCGUACCCUCUUAUUGGACACGAAUAUCCCUUUGGGAUCAAGAUGAGCCACAUCCGCGAUGCGAUGCCCCAUGGCUCGAAGCACUGUGCCUGCCCCAGGCAGCUGCAGGGCUCCUUCCUGACAGAGCAGCUGCCCCAGGAGCUGCAGUGCCAGUUUGUGCUGAAGCCAAGUCGCCUGGCCGAGAGCCCGCCGCUGCACGACUUAAGCCAGAAGUCAUUUAAAAGGAAAAGAUCCAUCAUAAAUUGGGCUUUCUGGCGUGGUCCAGGCACCCACUUGGAUAAUGCGCCCCUCUCCUCGACAUCGGCUGCCCCUGGGAAGCUCUUUGGCCUGCUGCUAACAGCCAUCUGCGAGGACGACAACCUGCCCAAGCCUCUCCUGGACAUGCUUUCUCUCUUGUACCAAGAAGGCCCUUCCACUGAGGGUAUUUUCAGACGCUCUGGGAGUGCAAAAACCUGCAAAGAGCUCAAGGAGAAGCUUGAUUCAGGCGCUGAAGUGGACCUAGCGUGCGAAUCCAUAUUUGUGACAGCAUCUUUGUUUAAGGAUUUCCUUCGCAACAUCCCAGGCAGCAUUUUGACAUCCCAGCUUUGUGAUAAGUGGGUCUCUGUGAUGGAUCAUGGAAAUAACGAAGAGAAGAUAAAAAGCAUCCAAAGGUUAAUAGAGCAACUCCCUAGAGCCAAUGUUGUUCUCCUACGUUACAUCUUUGGAGUGCUACAUGGUAUAGAAAUGCGAUCUGAAGAGAACCAGAUGAAUGCAUUUAAUCUUGCCAUCUGCAUUGCGCCCAGCCUGCUCUGGCCUCCUGCUUCCUCAACUCCUGAUAUAGAAAGUGAAUUCACAAGAAAGAUUUCCAGUCUGGUGCAGUUCCUCACUGAGAAUUGCUGCAAGAUUUUUGGAGAGGAGAUUAACUCUCUCUUUGGAGAAAUCCUGAUGACAUGCAAGAGAGAAAGUGGCUCAGAUGUGGCCUCCCUCCAUCUGAACGACUCUUCCUAUGACAGCCUGGAAAACGAGGCGAACGAUGAAGCCGACUCCUCUUCCAGUGACUGGAUCAAGAACCGAGAUCAGGAUAACAGGAGCAGGGAGUCCGUCUUCACCCUGAGUGACGGUGAUUCAGAGCAGACUGAGGUGGAUGAAAUCCAAAAUAAAACCAAAUCGAAACAGUUGACAAUUUCUGUUGAUGUUCACCAUAAGUUUUCAUCGCAAGAAAAUUCAGAGAAGGAGCCUCUCUGCUCUCUCUCCAGCGCGUUGGGCUUCACUUCCGCAACUACCUCAGGUGUCCUCAAAACCUUAAGGAGACACAGGCGCUCCUCAGAGCCUGCCAUCGGUCUCCUCGCCCCUACUUUUGCCCACACUGGAGAUGGUCACAAGAAGGCAGCGCGCAAAGCCAGCUGUGACGUUGUCCUCUCUUACGAAGAUGAAGACUAUCUCCAUCAGCUUCGGUCAUUGCAAGUGGAAGGACAAAAACUUAUCAAUCAGAGCUUGAUCAUAGGGAUUAACGUUGGUAAAAGUGACAACACAAACCAAAAUGUUGAAAAGAAGGACUUGUCCCAUUGCCUUCUGCCUCCAACACCAGAAGGAUUAAAUAUUUGCUCAGGAUUUAGCUCUUCUAGCCUCUCUUCUCCAGGGACAUCUCCGUCUCUGUCAUCAAUGAGCUCCCUGGACAGUGCUUUCUCUCAAUUUUCAGAUCAAUCUGUGUUUACCCCAACUGAAACCUCCUCCCCUUUUGAUAUCAGCACUUUUCAGCCAGUAAAGAAACAUGAAGAGACUGCUGCUGAGCCUCCUGAUGACUAUUUGGUUGCACCCAGUAUGGUGCCCCCAUCUCCACAGCCUACAGAGGCGCUGGCUGAGGGGAGCUUGCUGGAGCCCAACAGUAGGCUGGCACCUCUGAAACUUACUGAAGGAAUCGACAGCUAUCUGGUUAAGCCUGACAUUCAGCCAUUGCCUCUGAAAGUCGCAGGAAGAGACAGACUUCAUGAUCUGAGAUCAAAGAGGAGGUCUAGGAAAGGAUUGCAGCAAUCCAAAGUUUGAAGAGACUGACCAAAGCUUUUUUUUUUUGCAGAGAAAUCUUAACACUUAAAAUAAACACCAUAAAGAAAAUG